UCGGGCCCCGCCAUGGCCGUCACCAUCACGUUGAAGACGCUGCAGCAGCAGACCUUCAAGAUCCGCAUGGAACCUGAGGAGACGGUCAAGGUGCUGAAAGAGAAAAUAGAAGCCGAGAAAGGCCGUGACGCCUUCCCUGUGGCCGGCCAGAAGCUCAUCUACGCUGGCAAGAUCUUGAGCGACGACGUCCCCAUCCGGGACUAUCGCAUCGACGAGAAGAACUUUGUGGUCGUCAUGGUGACCAAGGCCAAGGCUGGCCAGGGCUCCUCGGCACCCCCAGAGGCCUCCCCGACUGCCGCCCCAGAGUCCUCCGCGACCUCGCCAGCAGCCCCUGCCUCAGGCAUGUCCCACCCCCCACCGGCCACCCGAGAGGACAAAAGCCCAUCGGAGGAGUCGGCGCCCACGACAUCCCCGGAGUCUGUGUCCGGCUCUGUUCCUUCUUCAGGUAGCAGCGGGCGAGAGGAAGAUGCGGCCUCCACGCUAGUGACCGGCUCUGAGUACGAGACGAUGUUGACGGAGAUCAUGUCCAUGGGCUACGAACGGGAGCGGGUGGUGGCCGCCCUGAGAGCCAGCUACAACAACCCGCACCGAGCCGUGGAGUACCUGCUCACGGGGAUUCCCGGGAGCCCCGAGCCCGAACACGGUUCUGUCCAGGAGAGCCAGGUGUCCGAGCAGCCGGCCACAGAGGCAGGAGAGAACCCCCUGGAGUUCCUGCGGGACCAGCCCCAGUUCCAGAACAUGCGACAGGUGAUCCAGCAGAACCCGGCGCUGCUGCCCGCCCUCCUGCAGCA